UAAUCUUAACUCUCACCAGUCACCACACUGUUCUCAAGCUUCUCCUCCCUUCAAUUACUCUUUUUUGUUAAGCAACGUAACAAACUCAAACUCAAACCCAAACCUUUCUUAACCUAAAACUAUAAAACCAAAACCAUCUCACCGAUUCACUUCCUUUGACCUGGGACGCGUCUCAGACCUGUAACCAUCAUCAUCAUGAGAGUUCUCGGCGGCGCCGGCGGCGACGAUGACGUUGUUCAGAUAAAGGAAGCCAGCAAGUCUGGUGAGCCUUUUGUCAUAACUGUAAACUGCCCCGACAAAACCGGUCUCGCUUGCGAUGUCUUCAGAAUCAUCCUCGAUUUUGGUCUCUCCAUUGCCAAAGGAGACAUCUCAACUGAUGGCAUUUGGUGCUACAUUGUAUUGUGGGUAAUUCCUCAUUCCACAUUGCUCGCUACGAGUUGUUCUUUCCUUAAAGAUCGCCUUCAAUCAGUUUGCCCACCGUGUUCAGCCUCGUUUUAUCUCGUCCAGCAACCUCCAAGAUCAUCUCCUGAAUAUUUACUCAAGUUUUGUUGCCUUGAUCGAAAGGGAUUAUUACACGAUGUUACAAAAGUCCUGUCGGAGCUUGAACUUUCUAUACAAAAGGUGAAAGUGACGACGACACCUGAUGGCAGAGUCUUGGACCUCUUUUUCGUAACAGAUAACAUGGAACUUUUACACACAAGAAAGCGACAAGAUGAGACGUGCGCAAGAUUGAACAAUGUUCUCCAAGACUCCUGUGUCAGCUGUGAACUUCAAUUGGCCGGUCCGGAGUAUGAAUGUAAUCAAGGCAUCACUUCUCUGUCACCUGUUUUAGCCGAGGAGCUAUUUCAAUGCGAGUUAUCAGAUAAUGAGCGGCGUUCUCAAGCUCUUAGCCCAGAUAUGACGAAGUUGAAAAGGACCAAUGUGAUAAUAGACAAUUCGCUAAGUCCAGCUCACACACUUAUUCAAAUACAUUGUGCGGAUCACAAGGGUCUUCUUUAUGACAUUAUGAGAACUUUGAAAGACAUGAAUAUAAAGAUUUCUUAUGGCCGCUUUUCACCAAACACAAAAGGGUAUCGUGAUUUAGACAUAUUUAUUCAGCAGAAAGAUGGGAAAAAGAUUUUGGAUUCCGGGAAGCAGAGUGCGCUUUGCUCACGUCUAAAGCAGGAAAUGCUUCAUCCGUUGCGAGUUAUGAUUGCCAGCCGAGGGCCCGAUACUGAACUAUUGGUUGCUAAUCCAGUUGAGCUAUCUGGAAAGGGAAGACCUCGGGUGUUCUAUGAUGUCACAUAUGCUCUCAAAACACUUGGAAUCUGUGUUUUCUCGGCUGAAGUAGGACGUUAUUCAGCAUCAGCACGUGAAUGGGAGGUGUACAGAUUCCUUUUGGAUGAGAACUGUGAAUUUCACUUAACAAGUGUUGCUGCUAGAAAUCAGAUUGUAGAUAGAGUUAGAAGAACGUUGAUGGGUUGGUAGAUAUUGAAUAGUGCUUUUUCUUUUUCCUUUUUUUAGCAUAAUAUGCCUCAUCUGGUGUUUCCAAUAGUAGUUGUGUCUUCUGAUUAUUAUUUCUUAUGCUGAUGAUCAAUUGUUGGCGUUGUAAUUUCGUUAGUGAGUAUAUGAUGUUUGUUUCAUCCUAACACGUUGUUUAUAAAGGUUUUAUUAAUGAAAUAAAGUUCAGUCAGGAGAUGCAAGAGUUUCUGUUGUUCGGUUA